AUGUUAAUAGAUUCAGGUAUGUUUGAUGCACUCUGGUCUAUGGAAUUUGAUGGGAUUUGUUCAUCUUCUGGAUCAGGGGCCGGGGUCGUAUUGAUACCUCCCCACAGAAAGGUCAUUCCUUAUUCUUUCAAAUUGGAAUUCCAAAACAUGAAUAAUAUGGCUGAACAUGAGGCCUUGUUAUUAGAACUGGCUAAAGCGAGGAGAUUGCAAAUCAAAAAGUUGAAGGUGAGAGGUGACGCUGAACUUAUUGUUAAACAAGUGAGGGGCCUAUUUGCUAUCAAAAAUGAGAGAUUGAGACAUUAUAGGAAUCAUGUUUGGGAUGAGAUCGAAGCCUUUGAUGCUUUUUCAAUUGAGGCCCUUCCCAGGGAGUUUAACUCGAAGGCUGAUUCUUUGGCGAUAUUUGCAGCCUUGUUGGUACCACACCUGGAUUUCACAACCAACACUUGUAGGGUUGAACUAGUUUAUAGACCAAGUGUGCCUGAUAAUUCUAAAUCCUGGGAGGUGUUUGCAAAUGAUAAAUAG